GUCCGCCGCCGUUGACGUCGCUGUAGUUCGCGUCACUGGUUCACCGUCGUAGUCGAGCCGGGGAUGGCGGUAAGCAGGCGGCUCGGAGCGGGACCGUUUAAAAUAUAAACACCGCACUCUUGUCAGCUCCGGUGUGUCACUUUAACUCUUGGUUGUACACACGUUUGUAAUAUUUGCUUAUGGACAGUUAGCUGUUUUGAAAACAAACAAACAAACAAACAAACAAACGAGCGGACCAAAACAACCAAAAAUGCCUCCGAAGAAGCAACAGCUGAGGCCGACGGCGGCCAACGUCUCCAGCUCCCUGGACCUGGAGUCGGAAGACGUCAGCCUGGAAACCACCGUGCCCACCACGGAGGACGUCUCCUCGUCCGACGAGCAGCGGGACGGAUCCCACAAGGUGACCCGCCAGCUGAUCGAGAGGAAGGAGCUGCUGCACAACGUCCAGCUGCUGAAGAUCGAGCUUUCUCAGAAAACCCUGAUCAUAGACAACAUGAAGGCCGACAACAUGUCCAAGGUCGAGGAGCUGGAGGAGAUGCUCAACGAUGCUCUGCAUCAGAAACAAGUCCUGGCCCUGAGACUGGACAGCCAGCUGAAACUCACUCAAGAGGAGACCAGGAAGCAGCAGGCUCUGCGUAAGCAGGAGAUGGAGGCCAUCCUGCUCCGGCAGCAGCAGCUGGAGGAGACCAACCGGCAGCUGUGCGAGAAGGCCGGGGAGCUGCGGCGGUCUCUCAGGGAUCUGGACAUCUCUCGGGACCGAUACCAGGAGCUCCGUGACCUCCCCGACGACCAGAUCUCCAUACAGGAAUACGUCGCGGUGCGUUUCUACGAGGCGGUGACCCCUCUGCGGGCCCAGCUGGCUGAGCUCAGCGCGAAGAGAGACGGCUUGACUGAUGACGCGAAUACGCACAGAACCCAGAUGAAGGCUCUGAUGAAGAGCUACGAGGAAGAGCGGCGGCUCCGUACUGAGCUGGAGUUGAGGAGCCAGAGACUUACACUAGAACUGGCCGACACCAAACAGCAGAUCCAAGAAGGAGACUAUCGCCGUGACAACUACCCUGCCAUCAAACGUGAGCGGGACAACUUUGAGGCCGACCUAAAAGAAUUAAAGAGACGAUUUGAGACUCUAGACUUGACUCACACAGCAGUGACCAGAGAAAGGAACGCACACAGCAAAGAGGUGGCGACGUUGCAGCAGUCAGUGACGCUCCUGCAGAAGGACAAGGAGUAUCUGCACAGACAGAACAUGGAGCUCAGUGUCCGCUGUGCUCACGGAGAAGAUCGCCUGGAGAGGCUGCAGGUGCAAUUAGAGGACACUAAGAAGGCGAGGGAGGACGCCUAUGAAAAAUAUGUGGCAUCCAGAGACCGCUACAAGUCUGAGUACGAGACCAAGUUGAGGGAGGAGCUGGAGAACAUCAGGCUGAAAACCAGUCAGGAGAUAGACAAUCUGCAGAGAACUUCCAGGGAGAUGUAUGAGAGGGAGAACAGAAACUUGCGUGAGGCCAGAGACAAUGCCGUGCUGGAGAAGGACCGAGCGGUGGCUUCUGACAGAGACACGCAGUCCAGAUACGACCAGCUGCUGGAACAGUUCCGUCAGCUCCAGCUGGGCGCCGACAGCCGCGUGUCGGAGCUGUCCAAUCGGGCCAAGCUGCACUCCUUCGAGGCGGAGCGGGCUCAGAUAGUAAAGGAUGUGACGGCCAAGACGCUGCCCCAGUCCUAUGUGGAGUGUGAGAACCAGCAGAGGAAACUGGAGCUCCUCACCCAGGAGUUCUACCGACUGCAGACGUCAUCGGAGAAGCGCCUGGCGGAGCUGCAAGCUCAGAACGCCGAGCAGGCGUCUCGCCUGGAGACGUACGAAAAGCUCGAGCAGGAGCUGGACCAAGUCACCAUGCAGGCCGCCGAAAUUGAGAACGAAGAGGAGGCCGAGAGAGUGCUGUUCUCCUACGGCUACGGAGCCAACGUUCCCACCACGGCUAAGAGGCGACUGAAACAGAGUUGUUGGGCUGCCAACCAGCUGUUGCAGCAGGCACAGCAGCUCUAUGGCUACCUGAUCGAGACCGUGAGACAAAAGGACACGCAGAUCACCUCGCUGAAGGAGCGGCUCGCCUCCCUCGAGGACGAUGUCAGUUCUCUGAGGAAAGAACGGACCGCCCUGCAACAGGUGAAAAACAACAUGGCCGCCGACCUGGAGCGACUCCUCAACCACCGAGAGGUACACGCGAUGCUUUGUGAUGUUUUAUGUAGUUUGAGCAUUUUGGGCUGGUUCAGAGUGGAAACAGGAAAUUCCAGUAAAGUUCCAGUUAGAAAAAAAGUGUUUAUGAGUUUGAAAAGGUCAGUGUUGGUGCUGUGACUAAUUGUCACCUGUUCUGUGGAAAAACAUUCUUCUCUCCUUCUCACACUGUAGCAAAAUAUAAAAGGUAGUUUUUUAUCAUUUAUAAUUUUGGUAAUGGCUCAAGAAUCAAUAAGCUAACAAUGACAAUUCCAUGCAGGUUGGACAGUGAUAACAUUUCAACUCGACUGGUAGGCAGAAGGGUUCUAGUUAUGACCGCAACUAAAGAUUAUUUACAUCAUUGGUUCCUCCUUCUAGUCAGUUCAAGACAAUUUAAUCGGUAAUCAUUUUUUUUUUAAUGAAGCGGUUAUCAAAACGAUUGCCGAUCGUAUUUAACUGAUUGAGUGGUUCCAACACGGGUUCCUACACUUUUCCACGCCACUUAUAGAUUACAUAAUAAUGAACGACCAAAAAACGCCCCACUCUCCUCCGGUUGUGGUGUGAAAUCAAUCAGUUUCACUCACUUUGAGAACCAACCAAACUAAUCGAUAAAUCAACCAACCAAUGUGUUGCAACUAGUGUUGCAACGCAUCCUUCGGGAUCGCGUGGUCGUGCGUGGCCGUGCGCGUGGGUCCCUCCAGCCAAGCCGUUUGCUGUUCGGAGUAUGUGUCUCUGUCAUAGACAGCUGUUCCUCGGCUCGUCUGUUUUGGAAUGCCACAAGUGUGCGUGUGUGCUCGUGCGUGUGCGCUGGUGCGUGUGCAUGUGUGACAUCCCGGGGCUCAUGUCCUCAAGGGUGAUAAAUAGACCCGUGAAAAGUCCCCCUCUACC